AAAAAAAAAAAAAAAGAGGUUAAGCGGCGCGUGGUGGCGAUUUCUGUUGUCUCGGUCGCACGGCCCUGGGACCUCUGUCGUGCUUGAGAAGGCGGAAUGGCCAGGUCGGUGCUCAGCCGCGCUCCGUCCCGCGCCAAGCGGGCGGUCGCGGCUCGCUCGCUCGCUCCCGCCCCGGGCUGCGCCCUUCGCCGCCGGUCCGGGAAACCCACUGUCCUAACGGCCCGCGGUCUCCCAGCCGCUGGGCCCGGCGACCCCAAGGGCCAUUUUUGUGCAGAAGUUUUGAGUACUCCACUGAGCAACCAGCUUGAAGUCCUAUCAUCAGAUCCUGUGCUGCUGUGCUAAGUGGUGGAUACAUUUUUUUUUAUUUAAAAGAAAUGAGUGUAAGUAGUAUUGCUUUAAGAGUUGAAACCUGGCUCUUAGCAACAUGGCAUGUUAAAGUACCUCUGAUGUGGCUGGAAGCUUGUCUUAACUGGAUCCAAGAAGAAAAUAAUAAUGUUAAUUUGAGUCAGGCCCAAAUAAACAACCAGGUAUUUGAGCAAUGGCUUCUUACCGAUCUGAGCGAUUUGGAAUAUCCUCUUUUACCUGAUGACAUUUUAGAAAUUCCAAAAGGAGAAUUGAAUGGAUUUUAUGCUUUACAGAUUAAUUCUUUGGUUGAUGUAAGUCAGCCUGCAUAUUCCCAGAUACAGAAGUUGAGAGGGAAGAAUACAACCAAUGAUCUAGUUUCAGCUGAACCACAGAUUACCCAAAAACCAUGGGAAGCAAAGUCUUCACGAAUGCUGAUGCUGUAUCUCACUGAUGGGAUUGUGCAGGUUCAGGGGAUGGAGUAUCAGUCAAUUCCCGCUCUGCAUGCUGAUCUUCCUCCAGGUACAAAAGUUUUGAUUUAUGGACACAUUUUGUUCCGUCUUGGUGUUCUCUUAUUAAAACCAGAAAAUGUGACGGUGUUAGGAGGUGAAGUAGAUGGUCUUUCAGAAGAAUAUGCCCAAGAAAAAGUCCUUGCGAGAUUAACUGGUGAAGUUGAUCCUAUAGUUUCGGUCAUACCAAAUAACUUUAACCAAAAUAUCCCCAGAGUUAUGGAUGUUUUAGAUCCUGCAUUAGGACCCUCUGAUGAAGAACUCUUGGCAGGUUUUGAUGAAAAUGAUGAGCCUGCAACAAAUAAUGACACCUCCUUGGAAAGACAUUUCAACACAGGCAAGUCCCCAAACUCUGCCUCCAUAAGGCAGUCUAGUUAUGAGCCAGAAUUGACUAUUUCUUCAAGACAAAUGGAAAAACCACCAAACCAGUCCAUGCAUUUCACUGAUGGGGAAUUUGAUGACUUCUCAUUGGAAGAGGCCUUGCUUUUAGAAGAAGCUGUCCAGAAAGAACAGCUGAAGACAAAAGAAUUGCAGCCAUUGACUUGGAACAGAAACACAGAUGAGUGUAUAGAGAUAUUUUCACAUAAACCUAAUACUAUGAGUGAUUUGUCUUUGACACACAAACAAGAAAACAACAGCUGGAAAGAAAAAAAAUUACCUGAACAAAUAAUUCCUGAAAAAAAAUCUUUUGGUUGUCCAUCUUCUAGAGAUCAAAACAGUGAUUUUUUAGGUCAUCGUAAUGUACUCUUAGCCCAUGAUUUUACAAAUAAAGAUAAGACUUCAAAGACAGGUAAUAAAACAAAACAAACCAACAGUUCAGAUGAACAUUCCUUAAGCAAUAAAAUAUUAUAUAGAAAAUUGGGCAACUCUGUCUCAAAAAGUAGUUCACAAAUUUCAAAUGAAAAUGGCCACCAUUUACAGACUUGUUCUUCUAGAUCAUUUGAGAAUAUUACCAGUCUGUCCACUGGCAUGGAUUUGUAUUCUCCACCCUUUAUCUAUUUGUCUGUUCUAAUGGCCAGCAAACCAAAGGAAGUUACCACAGUGAGAGUCAAAGCAUUCAUUGUCACCUUAACUGGAAAUCUCUCAAGUUCUGGUGGCAUUUGGAGUGUUACUGCAAAGGUUUCUGAUGGUACUACAUAUCUAGAUGUAGAUUUUGUAGAUGAGAUACUGACUAGUUUGAUAGGAUUUUCAGUACCAGAAAUGAAACAGUUAAAAAAGGACCCUCUCAAAUAUCAAAAGUUCCAAGAAGGGUUGCAGAGAUGUCAGAGAGGUCUAAUAGAUCUGUGUUGCCUAAUGACUAUUUCUUUUGAUCCUUCUUCAGGUAAAGCAGUGGUGCUUGAGUUGCAGGAUGUUAGCGUGGAACACCUUGAGAACCUGAAGAAGCGGUUGAAUAAGUAGUUUACCAAAAUAGUGUUAGUGCACAAAUCAAAACAAGUAAAUAUUUGGAAUUAGAUUUGUUCAUAUUUUUAUUUUUGUAACUCUAAAAGAAAAAAAGCUUCAGAGCUUAAUUAAAAAUGUUAAAUCAGUGCUGACAAGAUGGCUUAGUGAGUAAAGGUGCUUGCUACUAAGCCUAACAACUUGAGUUUGAUUCCCAGGUCCCACUUGGUGCAAGGAAAGAACCACUUUCCAAAGGUCCUCUGAUCGGCAUGUGUGUGCAUGCACACAAUAAAUAAAUAAAAAGAUACUUAAUUGAAAUAUUUA